AUGGAUACCAUCAAUAAAUAAUAAGAAAUUUAAACUCAAUAGAAAUAGGAAAAUAGCGCAAAUGAUGCAAAAGCUUAACCCUAAACAACUUUAGUAGUUAGAAUGAAAAGAAAAGCUAAUGAAGACCCACUAGAAAAGUUAAUUAUAGAAGGCUAGUUUACUUAAAAGAAAUAAAAGCCCAACCCUCUCUUUGGUGUAAACUUCCUCGAAAAGAUGUUGAAUGAUUUAUCUAUUUAAAAUGAUGAUUAAAAGAAAGAAAACGAAUAAGAAAAGCAGAAAUAAAAUUUAUUGUUUAAUGAUUAAGAGGAAGAAAAAGUAGAAAAGAAAUAAUACAUUCUUAAGCUAGUUGAUAAUGAAGCAGUUUAAUAAAUAAAAGAAGUUAAGAUGAUGUAAGCUGAAAAUUUGAGAAAGAAAGCAAGAGAUAGAAAGUUGCAAGCUCAUAGAAAACAUAGAAUCUUAGAAAUGGUAGUAGACCCAACCUCAAAAGAAGUCAUAGUAGAAAAAACAAAUUUAAAAGACGAAAAGCAUGUAAAUGAUGAAGAAUAUGCCUACUAUGAAGUAGAAGAAAGAAAAAUAGAAGAAGAUAACUCAUUUUAGUAAGAUGAUGGGCCAUAAAAUAUAGGAAGUCUUUUGUAAAAAGAACAGGAAAAUAUCUUAAAAGUUUAAUCAGGAAUAAUUCAUUUUGUUUAAACUAAUAAUUCUGAGCUUUUUGAUGGGGAAUUUGCACCUUGUAGAAGCGAUGACUUUUCAGACAAAGACAGUGAAGAUUCAAAUAGAGAAAGUGCUGAUCAAAAUGAUUACCCAGAUGAGGAAGAAAAUUUUGAUGAUGAAGAUAAUGAUUAUGACAAACAAAAUUAAGAUGAAGAUUAUGAUAGUUACGAUGAAGAUAAUUUAAAAUUUAAAAAGAAAUCUAAAAAGAAACCAAACAUGUUUCAAGAUAGUCUUCAUGGAAUUUACUUAGCAAAACAAUCAAGCGAUGAUAAUUCCAAUUCCAUGGAUUAAGAAGAUAAGGAAAAUGAUGAAGACUAUGAUUAUGAAGACGAAUUUACUAAAAAAUAUAACAAUUACCACCACAAAAGAUAUGAAAAUGAUUUUGAGGAUGAUGAUUAUGAAGAUUGA